AGAAAUGCAGCGGAGACGAUGAGAGAGAACACACUUCAGAUAUGUAGGAUGACAACCACCAAGUAGCACUUGUCCUAGUCGUCUCGGACCUCUGACUGGCUUUCAGUUAUUAAACCAAAAGGCCGCGCUUGCAAAAUUGCAUCUUAUCACUUUUGCCGUAUAAAGACAGUGUUUAGAAUGGGGAUAAUUCGUUAUCUGUUGAGGAUGCAAUGAGAAAGAUGAAAAAGUCUUUGAGCUGGAAUAUUUCCUCUGAACGGAUACCUUGAUGUUGUUUUGCACGUGGUUGGUAACGACAUCUGCUUCGUUCUCCAAAGGACAAAAACACUAUGGGAGGGCGUAUUUUAUAACGAAUUAGUUACCGGGGCUUGUAAUUUGUAAUUAAAUUAAAGAGAGCUUUUUUCAGUGCACCUGCCUUUUAAUUACGCGACAGACUGGUGGAUAGACUUGCUGAUGCCAACAACGCCAGAUUGCCUAUAUGGCAGGAUCAUGAAGUUUUUGACGUUUUUCCUUUUACUUCCAGAAACCUUAAAAAGGACUAAAAAGAGUGGGAAACAGCUCGGCAAGCUGCCAGUAUGCUAUGAAAUCGUGACUUUGUCCUUGAGGAAGAAGAUGGCUGCAGAACUCUAUCCUGCCAGCAUAAAUACCAACCUCCCAAACAGUAACGAUACAGCGGUAACAGCGGCAAGCAAAAAAAACAUCGUCCAGGUCACUCAAACGGUGACCACACCAACUACAACUGCCACUCAGCAGAACAUCAACAACAAUAACGUUGAGACUGCCAGUUGGCAGUCCACUCAUCCGACGUUGCGAGAGAGGAAUGCUUUGAUGUUCAAUAACGAACUCAUGGCAGAUGUUCAUUUUGUUGUGGGUCCUCCUGGUGAGUUCCAAAAAGUUCCAGCACAUAAGUAUGUGUUGGCAGUGGGGAGUUCUGUUUUUGGUGCCAUGUUUUACGGGGGUCUUGCAGAGGGAGAAUCGGAGAUUCAUAUUCCUGACGUGGAGCCUGCUGCUUUUUUAAUCCUUUUGAAGUACAUGUACAGUGAUGAGAUUGAACUUGAAGCGGACACAGUGCUGGCCACUCUGUACGCUGCCAAAAAGUAUAUAGUGCCUGCACUGGCUAAGGCCUGUGUCACCUUUUUGGAGACCAGCCUGGAGGCCAAAAAUGCCUGUGUUCUGUUAUCUCAGAGUCGGCUGUUCGAAGAGCCUGAGCUAACCCAGCGGUGCUGGGAGGUCAUUGAUGCUCAGGCAGAGCUGGCCCUUUGCUCCGAAGGUUUCUGUGAGAUUGAUCUUCAGACCUUGGAAAUCAUACUUAAGCGAGAGACUCUCAACACCCGGGAGGCAGUAGUCUUCCAGGCUGCUCUUGAUUGGGCAGUUGCUGAAUGCAAAAGGCAAGGACUGGGACCAACUUCUUGUAAUAAAAGGGCAGUGCUGGGCAAGACUCUCUACUUGGUUCGCAUCCCUACCAUGACCCUGGAGGAGUUUGCAAAUGGAGCUGCACAGUCAGACGUUUUAACACUGGAAGAAACUCAUGAUGUCUUCCUGUGGUACACUGCAGCUAAUAAGCCCAAGCUCGAGUUCCCACUGCAAAAAAGAAAGGGUCUGACACCACAGCGCUGCCACCGUUUCCAGUCUUCUGCUUACCGUAGUAACCAGUGGCGCUACCGUGGACGUUGCGAUAGCAUCCAGUUUGCUGUGGACAAGCGGAUUUUCAUUGCUGGGCUUGGCUUGUAUGGGUCCAGUGGUGGAAAGGCAGAGUACAGCGUCAAGAUUGAACUCAAGCGCCAAGGAGUCACUCUGGCCCAGAACUUGACUAAAUUUGUUUCAGAUGGAUCCAGCAACACCUUCUCUGUAUGGUUUGAACACCCGGUUCAGGUGGAGCAGGAUGCCUUCUACACAGUCAGUGCCGUGUUGGAUGGGAAUGAACUCAGUUACUUUGGACAGGAGGGUAUGACAGAAGUGCAAUGUGGAAAGGUGACCUUUCAGUUUCAGUGUUCCUCAGACAGUACCAAUGGAACUGGAGUGCAGGGGGGUCAAAUUCCAGAGCUGGUUUUCUAUGCCUGAAGUCAUUAGGACAUCCACAUUGCAGUGCAUUCCGCUCACUGGAUUUAGAUGGUAUGAACACAGGAGAAUACAGGGUCUCAUAAGGCUCUUGCCUUGUUCAUAAUGUAGCAGUUGAGAAUCAAUGGUAAAUGCUCUUCAGUACCACAACAGACUCUGUUAUGGCAGAUUUUGAUUGAAGGAAUGUUCUUCAGCUUUAUUUAUUGAAAAAAAAAUCUAUAUAUUUGAUUUUAAUUAUCGAUGCUGCGGCAAGCAGAUCUAUAUAUAUAUAUAAACGAAGAUAGUUGUACUGCUCUUAUAGUGGACUGAAGCCACUAGUGUGUCAUGUUUUGUACAUAACUUGAGGUAAAUUUGUUUGCAGCUUUAUGCUGUCUGACAAAUAAAAUGUCUUGUAUUAGUGAUCAGCUUCCUGAAUUUCAGAUUAUAAACAUUUUUUGUGACUCAAGCCAAAAGUUGUUUUCCCUUGUCUUUGAUAGACACUCGGCCAUGAAAUCUUUGAAUGUGAAAGUCCUGACAUCCAUCAUCAAUAGCUAGGAAGGUUGAACACAAUCUAUACUUUAAAUUCCCUCAAAGUGUAUACAAGUAUAAGUAUAUCAGAUUGAGGUAACAUGAUUCAACUAUUACAGAGCUUAGCAUAAAAGUCUUUCCAGGCUAUGAUGUGCAUUAUAUUCAAACAGAAAUUCAAAAAAAUUAACCCAUAUUCACACAUUGCAACUGCAGUGGGCUUGUGUAAAUGAAACCGUGAUUGUUAAGUGUGGAUAAAAUAUUCAUCUUGAAAGGCCACAUAAAGGACCUAUUAUACCCAGCAGGCAGCAUGAGGAACUGAAUAGGGAGUCUGUUUGAAUUGAGCUCAUAGAAUCUGCUGCUCCACCGUUUGCAUUCUAAUUGAGGGUUUCGUAAACAUGGAGCAGAUGCAGCUUGGUAAAAUAGCAGAUUUUUGGCCAAAACAAAAACGGAUGAAUAUGGAAUUAUGACACAUGCAGAACUGCUAAUCAGACUGCAUUGGGAUUAUGCCCCGUACAUUAACACUGAGAUUAGUUCUGUUGUGUCUCUCUUGGAUAGAAACUCUCCUUUCUCUAAUAUCUGAUGAAUCAGUUUAAAAAUUACAAACUUGAUUUGUUGCCUUUGUGUUUAUAGAAGGCAGAAAAAGGUUUGCAAUGACUAUGAUGGACCAUCAUGGAUUUUUUAACAUGAUGCAGUGCCCCCUGGUUAUUUCCAUCUGAACCGCAACUCACAAGAAUGUAAUUUCCAGAUGGGUAAUGCAUUUUCAGUCUGUGCCUAAAAUUGUUCGAAUUAUACAAAAGUAUGAGGUGGAGAAAUAUAACUCAAAACUCAAUAUGCAGAGCCCUGCCUGGAUGAGGACAAAAUUAAUAAAGACUUACUAGCUGUUACAUUGAUACAAUGACAGUAAAUAUUUUCCAGUUUUAUUGAUGAAAUUAAGAAUCCAUAGGCCAAAUCAGAUGGACAUAUUAAGUAUACUUGUACUGAUCCAACGGUGGUGUAUUAUUGAUAACCAAUUUAACAAGGUUUUUGGAGAAAUACUGGUUGCUUUAUUAAUGAGGUUCAUCCAAAAGGGUCACAGAGGUCAUUACAGAAAGACUUACCAACAGCUGGAGCAUUGAUACAGAGCUCUGUAGCCAGCAGGAGGAAGGUCUUUCCCAGAAUGUACACAUUAACUUACAGUAAAGUAGAAGAAAGUGAGAACAAAUAUUUCAGUCCUUGUAAUGGAUUCAGCUUUAACAAUCACUGCUUCUUAAAAAAUGGGACAAAACAUGUACCACAGUUUUACCUGCCUUCAACUUUGAAAAUAGCAACACUCCUAUAAAAAAUAAAUCCAAGAUUUUGCCUAGAAUGUUCUUACAAAUAUACCAUUUCAUUUUAUGUUCUCUUUAUUUGAUGAAAAUUAUGACAUUAAAUUAUUAGAUUAUGGCAUGGUCACUGUCUAUCUGUCUAUCUAUCUAUCUAUCUAUCUAUCUAUCUAUCUAUCUAUCCACAGGCUCUGGUGAUUUUUGUUUUUUUUUAAGGUUAUAAUUUUAGGUAACUGUGCUUAUGUUUUCAGUCAAAGCAUUAUAUAUAAACUCCAUCAUAUAGCUUUUGUAUAAAUUUUCUAUUUUUUAGAAAAUUUAUCUAAUUUUUAAGUAGGUACUGUAAGUAGCUUAAAACACCAGAAAAAAAUGGUAUUGCAUUUCUUACAUGUGUAAUAUUUUCUCAACACAGUAUGUCAUCAUCCCAAUCAGAUUUUCUAUAUGACAGUGGAGACGAUACAAUUGAUGGAGCUGAAAAUCAGUUUUCUGUGUUCUUAAUUCAUUCUUAAUAAA